AUGAUAAAAGCCAUCAAGCCAUAUAUGUUCACACCACUACGAAGGGAAAUAGUACGAUCAGUCUCUCUCAAAGCUGGUGAAAUUCAAGGAAUAUCCGAAUAUUUCGAGUACUGCACGUUCAAUAAAAUUGACCCCCAGUCUACGGUAUUCCGGGGAACAUUAUACGAGUUACUUGCCAAAGAUAUCCUUGAAAAGGCAUUCCAUUUCAAGAAUCUCAUCAAAGCCGGUGGUCCAGGAGAUGACGGGUUGGAUUUGAUUGGUCAAUGGGAUCUUUCUUAUUUCUACCACAAAUCUCUCAGUUUGUUUCCUAAUCUGGAUGUGGACCAGCGAUCAGUCAUACACUACUCCAAAGAAAAAGACACUACACAAAAGGAUAAUAUUUCUUUGCAGACCGAGAUUAAUGUAUUGGUUCAAUGUAAGAACUUCAAAGCGAAGUUGAAACCAGGCGCUAUUAAAGAGCUCAGUGGAAUUUAUUACCACCAUAGAGCAAACCCCAAAACAACAAUUAUGGUUCUUGUAACUCCGCAAAUUCUUACAAAACAAGCAUUAAAACUGUUUGAAGGAACAUUGUUCCCCAUGAUGUGUGUUCACAUAUCAAGUCCAUUAAACCUUACUGGUAAUCCCUAUGCUCUAGAAGAAUAUUCUGGAGGAGAAUACUUGGGCAUGCAUCUUAAUAAGGCGGGACAGGAGUUCCUCUCUGGCCUACAUUUAGAGGAUUUACUAGGCAAACGAGGCAUUUGA